AGGCGGCACCUGCGCCCGGCGGGCGGCUACGGCGCGGAGGGAGUGACUGUUAUGCUGGAGGAAGGUGUUCCCUGGACAGUCCUGGAGCCAAAGCAGAUUGCCUUGGUACUGCAGCCCUCUGUCCUGCUGCAAUGAGUGGGAAGUCUUUACUCUUAAAGGUCAUUCUCCUUGGGGAUGGUGGAGUUGGGAAAAGUUCCCUCAUGAACCGGUACGUCACCAACAAGUUUGACUCACAGGCUUUCCACACAAUUGGUGUGGAGUUCCUAAACCGGGACCUGGAGGUGGAUGGACGCUUUGUGACCCUUCAGAUUUGGGACACGGCGGGACAGGAAAGAUUCAAGAGCCUGAGGACCCCCUUUUACAGGGGAGCAGACUGCUGUCUGCUGACAUUUAGUGUGGAUGACCGGCAGAGCUUUGAGAACCUCAGUAGCUGGCAAAAGGAGUUUGUCUAUUAUGCUGAUGUGAAGGACCCUGAACACUUCCCAUUUGUAGUCCUGGGCAACAAGAUAGACAAGCUUGAGAGACAAGUGAGCAUGGAGGAGGCCCAGACCUGGUGCAUGGAAAAUGGUAACUAUCCAUACCUGGAGACUAGUGCCAAGGAUGACACCAAUGUGGCAGUGGCUUUUGAGGAGGCUGUGCGACAGGUGCUGGCAGUGGAGGAGCAGCUGGAGCACUGUAUGCUGGGCCACACCAUUGACCUGCACUCCAGCUCCAAAUCAGGCUCUUCCUGUUGUUAGGAGCAUCUGCUGCUUCAGGAACAUUGCUCAAGCCAAUUACUAGAUUGGAAUAAGCACGGACAGCUCUGGGGCACUCUGAGGAGAGUGGCCACAAGGACAAUAGGUGGUUUGCUCACUGUGGUGUUGCAGUCUCACCAUCUGAACUCUGGCUGGAGUUUUUGGGCAGGAGGGAACUGUUCAAAAUGCAUGUGAGCAUAGUCCUGCUUCCAUACCUGCCUGUUUUAGCAGGUUUAAAGGGAUGGGUUAAAGCUCUUUAUAUUUAAUAAAGACAAAAGCAAUCUGAUCUGUACCAAAAACUGCCUGGAAACAAAGCUGAGAGUACUCUUGGACACUCUGUGAAGUAUAUAUAUAAAAAUACUAGAUCCACUAAACUUGUGACUUAACUGCCAAAGGGAAGCCUGCUCAGAGUAGUAGUGUAUGAAACCUGUUGUGGAGAGUAGCUCAUGCAGCUGUGAGAAUCCCAGAUGCUAGAGAAGCUGAGCUGUGUAUAUCUGUUGUUUGAGUAAGUGUCCUGAGGCUGAAUUGUGCUGAAAAUUGUUAGAGCUGUGAUCUAAAAGCACCAUAGGAAGGAGGGACAGGCCUGUUUUUGAAUGUGACAGCAUUGCUUCUUUGUACCUGCUUUUUUCUGUGUGUUUUUCCUCACCUCUAACUUUGUCUUGUUUGAGUGUUAUUUUUUCAGGAGACUGUAUGCUGCUUGUUUAAUACAUGUUUUCUUGUCUCUUCUGGAGGCU